ACGUGAUCCCGGAUCAGCUGGGGCUGGGCUGGCCUGGCCAUGGCUUCGGGGCUGCGCUACCCAGGCAAGGUUGCCCUUGUGACGGGAGGCACGAGGGGCAUCGGGGAAGCCAUCGUCAGGGAGUUUGUCCAUCAGGGAGCUCAUGUGGUCUUCUGUGCCCCAAAAGCUGAAGAGGAGGUGGGGGAGGCACUGGAGCAGGCACUAAAGGAGUCGGGUGGCCCCGGGAAGCCGUUCUUCUGGCCCUGUGAUGUCACCAGUGAACAGGAUAUCCAGGCCCUGGUAUCCACAACCCUGCAGCGCUUUGGGCACCUGGACUGUCUUGUGAACAAUGCCGGGCAGCAUCCACCUGAGCAAGAAAUUGAUGACAUCAGCCCUCAGAAGUUUCGGGAGCUCCUCGAGAUCAAUCUCAUUGGCUAUUUCUUGAUGGCAAAGUUCGCCCUACCUCACCUUCGGAAGACUCAGGGAAACAUUAUCAACAUCUCCAGCCUCGUUGGUGUCUUUGGGCAGAGACAGGCUGUUCCAUAUGUCGCUACGAAGGGCGCGGUGACAGCAAUGACCAAAGCUAUGGCUAUUGAUGAGAGCAGAUAUGGUGUAAGGGUGAACAGCAUCUCUCCUGGGAACAUUUGGACCCCAAUGUGGGCAGAGCUUGCCAGGCAGACAGCCAAUCCCAAGGCCGUGAUCCAAGCUGGCAAGGAAGCCCAGCUCCUGGCUCGCAUGGGCACGCCCAAGGAGUGUGCCAGGGCCGUGCUGUACCUGGCUGCUGACGCCACCUUCUGCACUGGCAUCGACUUGCUGCUGAGCGGUGGUGCAGAGCUGGGCUAUGCCCCCAAGAGCCAGCCCGCCGCCUCCUAGGAGCUGUGGGUCAGGGAGGUGGAGGGGGCAUGCCUCAGUUUCCCCCUUUGGGCCCUGACCUGGUAAUUUCAAAUGAAUGCUCCAAGGUGAAUUGGUGCUACCUGCUGCAUAUGCCCCCUCUUCCAGACCCUGCUUCCUCCCAAAGCUGGGGGAGAACCCAGGUGUCUUGGCUCCCAGGUCUAAUCUACCAUUCCCCCCUCCUUCCCACUGCUGGAGGGAGAACUCGGGUGUCCUGGCUCUGAGCCCACCCUGCUGUCCCCCACCAGACCCCGCUCCCCUCCCAAAGCUAGGAGAGAACCCAGGCAUCCUGGCUCACUUUACCUGCACAAAACCCACAGCUGUCCCCUCGCCCUCAACCCCUCAACCCCACUCGGAUCCUCCCAGAUUGCUUUAACACUCUAUUCAUCAGGAAGGGACCAUGUCAAGGGAAUCAAACAAAGCAGGGUCCUAUGGAGAGAGACAGUGGGGGAUGGGGGGGCAAGUCUGGGCCUCUGGCCUCAGUUUCCCCAGCUUUGGCCUGCUUUAAUGAGCAGCUCCUUGAGGGUGGCAUGUAUUACAGCCUGCAUAGGUGGGGGCACCCAUCUCAAGCGGAGGGUGGAGGUUCUGCUCUGCCUAGGGCAUGUCAGUUUUACUCAAGGGGGGCCUGUGCUGUGUCUGGGGCAGGCAGGGGGCACCCUGGUCUCUGCCUAGGGACUACUUGGCACAGGGCACCCCAUGCUUGGUCAGGGGGUCCUAUUCAGGUGACAAAUGGACUGCUACCUCCACAGCUGCCUAUACGCACCCACAUGCAAUAGCUCUUCUUCUCUGCCGUGAGGAUUUUUGACAGGGGGGAAGCAGGUGUCUUCCCCUAUGCCUUUGCCUCCUGGAUGUCCUGGUGAGGUUGGAACUGGCUGUGAACCCAGAUCAGCAAAACCCCAAGUGCCUUUGACUGUCAUCAAGGUGCCAGAGAGAAAAUCUGGCUGUCUUGGUGCCAGGCAUGGAGGGGCAGGGGGGGGUCCUCCAGGUGGGUCAGGGGGCAGCACUCCCUACCAUACAUGUCAGCUACUCAAUAAAGAUGAUCUGCCAGUCA